GAUUGCAUACAAGCGAGUGGUGGUGAUACAUACACAACUAUACUAUAGAUGUAACAACGUUUUGAAUAUUUGACAAGGCGUGUCCAUUGCGUGUGUGAUUUUACACGAAAGUUUUACAAUAUACUACAGUAAUGCAAGUUGAAUAAGUGAAUACAUACAUAUGGAAAUAUGUGUAUAUAAUUUGUAAGCGUUUCGUGCAAUAUCAGAAAUUGUAAAUUUCUAAUCCCUGAAAUUUUAUUGCGAAAGCAAGCUUGAGCAUUUGCAAUAUUUGCUGUUCUAUUUAUUUGAUGUGUGCGUGUAUAUGUGUGUAUUCCAGAAGAAUUAUAUAUUAUUAAAUACAUAUCAUCGAUAACACACACGCACAACUUAUAAAGAAACUCGUCGCAUUGUUGUUUAUACAUCUCUAUAACUUUGAGUCAAGAUGCAUUAUGGAAAGAAGUCUCCCAGCAUGGGAACACCAUCUGUUUAUUCUCAUGUAACUACUCGCAGCAGUGCAAAUCUCAGAUCAUCAAGGUCUGUACGCAGCGUAAAAAUUCCAUGGUAUCAGAAAACGAGACUAACACAUGCUUUUAUACUCGAUAUUCAAAGAGGUGCUAUGUUUACCGCUAUAUUUUCAUUGUGUCUAGCCUUUUUCACAGUGUGUACAGCUAUUUUUGAUAUCUACUGUUUGUCACAAGCUGCGCCUGGUUCCACACAUUAUGGAUAUUAUAUUAUAUCAUAUGAAUUUGUUUAUGUGGGCAAUCAGCAUGUUCGUAAUGCGUUGAUCGUAUUUGCAUUGUUCUCCAUGUUGGGUGGAAUAGUCGUCUUUGUAACUUCUUUGAUGUUAAUCACAGCUCUGCGGAAAGAACAUGAAAAGAAAAUAAUACCAUGGCUAUAUAGUUUCGCUGUAUUCACUCUUUUCAGAUUAUUUGCUUUUAUAUUUUUUAGCAUUGUAAAUGAUAUGAUAUUUGCCUAUAAUAUCUUGAUAUGUUUCCUAUGGACAAUAUUUAUUUGCAUUUCUGCAUAUGGUUGGCUUAUCGUGUAUUCUUUAUAUCUUGAAUUACGCGAUUUAACAAGAUUAGAAGAUCUUGCUCAUUUGCGGAUUGGUACAAUGCAGUCUCUAAAUGCAUCAACGACACAUUCUAUUGCUGGUUCUCGACCAACAACGCCUCAUAGUGUAGUAUCUACUUUGCCUGUUAAGUAAACAUUAUAUAUAUAAUCUAUACAUAAAAUAAUUUUAUAUAGAAUGGAUAAAAAUGGUAUUUUUUUUGGGUACUCUAUCUUUUUUCUUUUUUUCUUGAGAUAAUUUUAUACAAAGAAGAAAUAUAUUAUAAAAUGCUUUAUUUUCUAUUUAAUGCAAAUGAAAUGUA